AAGCUAGUGGUUUUACCACCAAAAAUGAUGAUAAAAGGUAACAUAAAUGUAAAAUUGGAGAGCUGUUUGUUAAUUAAGUUUUUAAAAAAAAAAAUUCCGAAAAAGUUAAUACCUAUCCACUUCCCGAGAUAAUAAGUGUUUCCAGUCGAGUGAAUCGCCCUGCAUACUUGCUAGGUGAUCAAUCUUCAUUAUCAGAAAGCAUUAAGUUUUUUCUGAAGUUUUUUUUUAAAUAUAUAAGAAAUAAGUUGCAGCUCUAAAACUUUACAUAACCGGUAAAUCUUUUGUCACUUUUAUUGUUAGGGUUGAAACCGCACUGCUCACUAUUAAUUUCCAAAUAGCGAUCUAUAUUAAAAUUUUCAUAAAUUAUACAUUACAUUCCCCCUACCCGAACUUAAGUGGAAGUGGAAUAUCCGAUCUGCAACGGGUUGACGAAAAUUAAAAAUGUCAAUAUAGGUAUUAAAAUGUAUUCAAAUUAAUAGUUAAUCUACUUAUGUAAUUUUUAAUAUAGUUUAAUAGUUUAAUAUAGCUGUAUUAUAGUUGUCAUUUGAAAAUCAUUAGUAGGUAGUGGUUUCAUCCACACAAAUAAGGGUGGCAACGAAUUUCGGUAAUAUAAUAUUUGAGAGCUGCUUGUUUCUUAUGCUAAUAUUUCCAUAGAAUGAAUAACAAACAAAUUAAUACUUAUAGAGAUAAGGAUUGAUUGCACUACCGUGUAUUAUUGUUUGUUUUAGAUAAAAUAUAAUUUUUUUUUCAUAUAUAUAUAUUUUUUUUUUCAAAUUAUAUUUUAAACAAAAUAUUUUCGUCUUAUUUGUUUAGUAGUGAUGAUGAAUAUAGGUGUAAGUCUGGUCAAUGUAUUGACAGCACAGCUACUUGUGAUGGAAUUCGAGAUUGUCGAGACGGAUCUGAUGAGACAUUAACUUUAUGUAAAACGAACAAGUAAGCUAAUUUGGAGUUUUAAAUUUGAGUUUAAAAAAAUCUUACCUAAAAAAUGUCUUUUAUUGAAUGUUUUAGAUGUCCAAACUAUCUGUUCCAGUGUAAAUACGGUGCUUGUGUCGGUGGUGAUAGUAAAUGCGAUGGUGUAGAACAGUGUGCCGAUGGUUCUGACGAAGAGCGUUGUCACAUUACGACUUCAAGACCAAUUGUAACUGCAAAACCAAUAAGUACUAGGCCACCUACAAUUAAUCCAUCAACACAGUAUAAUAAAAUGUAGGUAUCAUACAUUUUGUAAUUAUUAAUUUAUGAAAUAAUGUACAGGUUUCAAAAAUAAUAUUUUUACUAUGGUAGAAAUUCUAAUGCGAAUUUAAUAAUAAUGAUAAAGAAUCAAAUAAAUAGAAGACUAAGAUAAAAUUAAUUAUUUUCGUGUUAUUUAAUUAAAAGAAAAGGAUGUGUUAUACCAACCAUUGAAGGAACUAGAUAUUAUCGUAAAAAUGAGAAUAAAAUAACUUUUUUGUCAUCGGGCACUACUGUUAAUCAGAACAAAUUGGUUUAUGAGGACUGUGAAGCAGAUUAUUAUAAAGUUGUUCCUACUAGAUUUAUGGUGUGUUUGGAAUCCGGGCAGUGGGAACCAUUGGUUCGCGAUCAAUUAUGUUUGAGUAAGUAUUACUUUGAGUUAGUAUUGUAACACUUUUUAUAACGUUUGAUUCAUUAUUUUUAUGUGCAUAAGUAGAUUAUUUUUAUAAUUUGAUUGUGUUUCUAGAAAAAUGUCCACCUAUGACGUCAGACAGUCUAGAUAUUCAAUGUUCUUAUAACGGAGAACCAGUUGAUUGUGCAAAGCCAUCAAUAAAUGGUACUAAACUAAGACCAUCUUGUAAAUCAACACAUAGUUUACCAAACGGACAAUUAGAGACUCCGGUCGUAUUAUAUUGUCGACCUAAUGGAAAAUGGAGUGGUGAAUUAUAUAAAUGCAUUCCUAGUAAUAUUGUGUUUUUGUAAAUUAAAAGUUAACACAUUUCAGUAUGUGACCAUGUUUUUUAAUAUAUAUACUUUAUAAAAUUAUUUAGAUUGUGGUCGAACAAUUGUUACAAGUAGACCAUUGAUUGCAAAUGGUGUGCCAGCAAAAUACGGAACUGCACCUUGGAAUGUGGGAUUAUAUAAAUCGAAAGGUGGUAUUUAUGAUAUGAUAUGUGGCGGAUCGUUGAUUUCAUCAAAUUUAAUUGUGUCUGGUAAAAACUGAGCAACAUAUUUAAAAUCCUUGUACAUCAUUAAUUUUCAUGUAACUAUAAGAAUUACGUAUACCGUUAAAAUAAACAUCUCUCAUUCUAGGCUUAUUUUACGCUAUAAGGCAUUACAAUAUUUAUUAUUUAUAUUAUUCAUUUUUAAUAUAAUAUAAUUGUCUAUUGAAUCAAUAUCUGGAGAUGAGCAAAAUAAAAAAAAAAAAAAAUGAAAAUAAGCCAACUAUUGAAUGCUACAAAACAAUAUUUAUUUUUUAAUAUUCAUUAUUAAUCUAUGAACACAUUAACGAACAAUUAUACAAAUUAUUUUUUAGCCGCUCAUUGUUUUUGGUCAGAAGGGUUAAUAGAAAGGGUAUUAAACUAUACAGAUUUGUAUAAAAUUGGUGUUGGAAAAUAUGAAAGAAAUAUCUCAGUAAUGGACAAUGAGUUUACUCAGAUUUUUGAUGCAAGUAGAUAAUUAGUAUAAUACAGUUAAAAUUGUAUAAGUUAUAAAUAAAUUGCAUGUUUUAAAAAUAUUUAAUAAACAUUAUAGGUGCAAUCAGUUUACUUGAAAAAUGAAUUUUAUGGACAAUCUGGAUUUUAUGCUCACGAUAUAGCAAUUAUUGUAUUACCAACUAAAGUGAAGAUUAGUAAUGUUGUUUUGCCUGUCUGCGUGGAUUGGACAAGCAAAAUUACUAUACCCAAUGGAUCUUUAGGAAAAGUAAAUUAUAUGCAUUUUUAUUGAUUAAGUCUUGAAAAGAUUGUAUUGCUUUAUUAAUAGUUCAAAGAAAUUAAUUUUUCACAAAUUUUUUUUUAGGUUGUUGGAUGGGGAAAAACGGAACACAUGGAACUAAGUUCUAUUUUAUUAGAAGUUUCUAUACCUUCUAUCAACCAGAUUGCUUGUAGAAAUAUGUAUAGAAAUGGAUUUGAAGUGUUUGUGACAAGUGAUAAAUUUUGUGCGGGUUCUAAAUUGGGUAAUAAAAGUUAAUACUUGGAUACUGUGAAUUUGUUUUACACUAAGGUAUUCAUUUUUAUAGUAUUACAGGGUUUAUGUUUUUAUUUUAUCACAUUAUUAAUAGAUAUUUAGCAUUGGGUAGGUAUAUAUGAAUUAGUUAGACAUAAAUUAAAUUCACCCCCGUAUCUUACCGUUCCAACUAUUCAUCUACAAUAGUAGCCCACCCACGUGCGAAGUAUGACCAUCUUUUUAAUAUUAUCAUCAUAAAUAAUAAUUUUUUUUCACCUGAUAUUUUAAUAUUUCGUAGUAUUUACUAAGCAUAACUGUUCAUAAUUAAAUUAGAAUUAUAAUCUAAAUUUUUGUCACAAAAUUUAUUUAUUGAUUAAUUUCAGGACAAGGGGUUUUAGAAGGAGAUAGUGGUGCAGGUUUUACACAGGCGUAUGGCCCAAUGGGAUUACAAUAUUUAAUGGGAGUAGUAAGUAAUAAGAAUCGAGACUCGGAUGAUCCAAUCGCACUUUUUACGAACAUUAGUCACCAUAUUCAAUGGAUUCGUGAAAUAUAUACCAAUCUUAAUGAAAUUUAA